GGAAGAAGAAGCAAUUAAGCUUGAUGGGCUGUCUGUAUCUGAAAUGAAAAGAAUGAGAGAGCAAGCAGAGAAACAUGAAUUUCAGGCAGAAGUUAAUCGCAUGAUGAAGCUUAUUAUUAACUCCUUAUACAGGAACAAAGAAAUUUUCUUACGAGAACUAAUUUCAAAUGGUUCCGAUGCUCUUGAUAAAAUUCGUCUUAUAUCUCUUACUGAUCCUGAUGCGCUUUCUGCAACUGAUGAUCUUUCUAUCCGUAUUAAAGCAGACCGUGAGAAUCACGUUUUACACGUCACUGAUACUGGUGUCGGUAUGACAAAGACAGAUUUAAUCAACAAUCUGGGCACAAUUGCCAGGUCAGGAACGUCAGAAUUCCUUGCUAAAUUAUUAGAUAGUUCUACUACUGCUGAACAGCAGCAAGAUAUGAUUGGACAGUUUGGUGUCGGUUUUUACUCAGCUUUCCUUGUGGCCGAUCGCGUUGUAGUUACCACUAAACAUAAUGACGAUGAUCAAUAUAUUUGGGAAUCAGAUUCCUCAUCCUUCUCUAUAGUGAAGGACCCACGUGGACCAACGUUGAAGCGUGGCACCCAAGUUACCCUUCACCUUAAGGAAGAGGCUUAUGAUUUCUUAGAACCUGAUACUUUAAAGGAACUCGUUCAUAAGUACAGUCAGUUUAUCAACUUCAGCAUAUAUCUCUGGCAGUCGAAGACGGAAACCGUAGAAGAAGAGGAGGAAGAAACUACAACGGAGAAGGCUAAGGGAGAAGAAGAAGACGAAGAUGGUAAGGUUGAGGAGGAGAAGAAGGUUAAGAAAGUGGAAAAGACAAUUUGGGAUUGGGAGAAGGUUAAUAACGUGAAACCGAUCUGGAUGAGGAAGAGUGGAGACGUUGAGCCAGACGAAUAUGAUGAGUUUUACAAAAGCAUUACUAAGGAUACUGAAAAGCCGCUUGCACAUGUUCAUUUCACAGCUGAGGGCGAAGUUUCAUUCAAGUCAAUUUUGUAUGUUCCGAAACGAGGCCCCCAUGAUAUGUUCCAGAAUUAUGGGAAAGUUAAAGAAAACAUCAAAUUGUAUGUGCGGCGAGUUUUCAUAACAGACGAUUUCAAUGAUAUGAUGCCAAAAUAUCUUGCCUUUAUUCGUGGUAUAGUGGAUUCGGACGAUUUGCCUUUGAAUGUAUCACGAGAAACUCUUCAACAGCACAAAUUGUUAAAGGUUAUAAAAAAGAAGCUGGUUAGGAAAGUGUUAGACAUGUUGAAGAAGAUGGAUCCAAGUGAUUACGAAGAAUUCUGGAAAGAGUUUAGCACUAACAUAAAGCUCGGCAUUAUGGAAGACCCAACAAAUCGCGUCCGCCUUUCCAAGUUGUUGCGAUUCCACUCCUCCAAUGACAAGGUUCGGUCUUUAAAAAAUUGCCUUUUAAAGUUGUAAAU